AUGAUCGACUCAGCUCGCCUGUCUGGUCGUGACGACUUGUCUAUCAUCGUGGCUCCUGGACCCGGAACCAUCACUACUCCAUCACUCACAACCAACCUUGUUUGCAGAGUUCUCUUCGGGCUCAUCGCCAAUAUCGCCUGUAUAGUCCCCCUAAAGAGCCUCUACCGUAAUGGAGAAUUCGCAGCCGUGGUCUUUAUUGCCAACAUCGAAUGGUCAAAUCUCGACACAAUAAUUAACGCUCUCAUCUGGCGGAACGACGACACUAGCAAGUGGUGGAAUGGCGAAGUAUUCUGCGAUAUCAAUGCUUACUACGUCAACUUCACUGGCGCCUUAUUCGGAACCUGCCUCCUGGCCAUCAUGCGGAAUCUUGCCCAGCAAGUCGGCCUCCUUCGUGCCAAUGCCCUCACAGUUCGGGAGAAACGCCGGCGUAACUUGGUCCAGGCACUCAUCAUGUUUCCCCUUCCAAUCAUCCAGGUCGCAUGGGUCUGGCCAUUGACUACUCAGAGAUACGCAGUAGCUACCCUGGCUGGAUGCAGCUGGAUUGCAUGGCCUUCGUGGCCCUAUAUGGUCUUCUUCGUCCUGGCCCCUGUUACAGUCGCACUGAUAACAUCUGGAUAUGCAAUCCUUGUCUAUAUACGCUUUCGUGACAUUGCAAAAACCACUCGUUCGGCGGUCAACAGCAGCAGGUCUGCUAACCAACGCGCUCAGAGGACGAAGCGUCGCCUUUACUUAAUGGUCUUGGCCAUAUUAGUCCCUUAUCUACCUCUUGUGGUCACCCUUGCUGUUCUCAACAUGCUGAAGGCAUUUCCUCUUCAACCCUUUGAUUACGACCUCAUCCAUAAUCGGGUGAUACCCUAUCCAUGGUCGGCAGUCAUUUUUGUCCCUUCCAAUGGUGUUAACUUCGGGUAUCUGAACAACUGCUAUAUCCACAUACUUUCCGCCAUUCCUGUCGUCAUCUUUUUUGGCAUGACCAAGGACGCCAUGAAUAGUUAUCGUCGCGGCUUGCUCUGCCUUGGCUUUGGAUGUCUCUUCCCCAAGCUUCACGAGGAGUAUGACCCUGACAGGACAAUCGGUGGGAGCAGUUCUGGACACUCUCGUUUUAUGGGUUCCACGACUUCGACUACCUCUUCGAUAUCGAGCAAGAUCAGGAGUCUUCUGUCUCAGCGCAAUUUGAGCACGGCGUCCUCUGCGAGCCUCAACCCAAUAUCUUUACAGUUCACCGACGCCCCUCCCGUGACUCAUGAAAUCGAGUUAGGACCUCGAGUGGGAGAGUUGCAAGUAUCACAGUCGCCGUUACGGGAGAUUUCCUAUCCUCACCCAACUGUUUCGACUUCAUCAGAACCCAUCAACCCACCUCCUCGUAACCCUUUCCUCUUCCGAACGCGCUUCGACAUGCCCACCAUUCCAUUUCGUUCAAUCUCCUCAUUUCGCUUCGGCAAGAAGAAGGAUAAACGACCCCCGCUUGAUCACGGUUUAUCUCUUGACUCUCUUCCCUGCGUCGUCAACGAACAGUCAUGGGAGAACAGCUCCGCUACGCAGCCUUGCAGUCAGACACUUGUUUGGGCUGAUAGAAAGAUCGUCCCAACUCCCGGUGUUUUUACUACCGAAUCCAGUCUGUUGGUUCCUAUGUCGUCGACGUAUUCUGUCACAACUGAACCACUGCAGGAAACAUAUCGGCGCUAG